AUGACCUGUGUACCAAAAGUCCCGGACAUAGCGCUCCAUGUAGCAAGAGAUGACUGUACUUUAGAAUUCAUCAAAGCUGAAUGUAAUUAA